GUGUUUUUUUCUCUCUCUCUCUCUCUUAGUUUCUUUCACACAACAUUUUUUCCUUCCGCCAACUUGGAUUUGCUCUUCCACCACCUCAAUAUAAACUUCUCUUAUCUCUUCUCUUUUAUGAAACUUUUCGCCUUUCUUCUUCCCUUUUAUGAAAAGUGUUUGGAGUGCUCUGUUUAUGUAACAACUGCCUCAUUUCUUGUCAUCUUCACAUUCUCCUCGCAUAAUCGCAUAAACCCACUCAUUAUAAACAGACUACUCUGUUUUUGCAACCAUUCGUUUCAUCUUUAACACUUUUCUUACUAUGGAACUUUCAGCUAGACGCUUGCCUGUUGAACAGAAUGUUGAACAAAUAGUGAAAGAGGCGCAACACAGGUGGCUGAAUGCAGCUGAAAUAUGUAAAAUAAUUGAAAACCAUGAAAAGCUUCAAAUACUUGCCUUCCAACCACAACAAAGGCCUACGAGUGGUUCAUUUUUUGUCAUUAAGCUGCGAGGGCUCAGAAAGUUUAGAAACGAUGGCCACGUGUGGAGUAAAAAGAAAGAUGGAAAGACCAUCCAGGAAUCUCAUGAAAACCUCAAGGUGAAUGGAGUUGCGAAGUUGAAUUGCUUGUAUGCUUAUUUGGAAACAAAUACAAAUUUUCAAAGGCGUAUUUAUCGGUUGAUUGAAAAGGAACAUGACGUAGCAAUUUUUCAUUACAGAGAAGACAAGGAAAACAGGAAAAAGACAACCAAAGUAUCCCAUCAAUCUUCCCUUGAAGCUAGAAAAGCUAUACCCACGUUGGUGGUAACAGGUUCUCAGGGUUCUUCUUCUGGCACUGUUGAUAAUGGCAGUAACCAAUUGCCUCUACCUCUACAAACUACCGAUACAAGCAACCUGGAAAACAUUCAGGGAAAUGUUGAGUCUGCAGGUGGUUCCUCUGGCAUUGUCAAUCAUGGCAACUACCAAUUGCCUUUGGCUCCAAAAACUACAGAUUCAAUUAACCAGAGUAACAUUCAAGCAAACGCUGAAUUUUCCGAUUUUAGCAACCAACCAAGUUCUGGAUUCCAUUCUAUCCCUGAUUUACAGCGGAAUUUGACGCAGAUAACAGAUGCAGAAUUUUCUGGCUCUCAUAACUUAGUAUCAUUUACAGGAGAUGGUGCGCCACAUUAUGUUUGUGAGUGUCAGAAUCUGCCUUCUUCUCAAGAGACUGAGAAUGAUUUUCCCCCAAACCCUGGUACAAUUAGUAGCCCCUGUGAACUGCCAGAGUCGGAGAAGUCUGCGGAUCAGGUUUCAGAGAAAAACAAGGACAAUCUCAAGCUAGUAAGUGACAUUCCGGCAGAGCUUCUUGCCAAAACCUCUACUGGAUAUCAAGAUUGCAUGAUUUUCCAGGAGAAUCCAAAUUGGCAGGAAAGCAGGAAAAAUUGCAAACGCAGCAAGAACCUGAACAUUUUGGACAUAACAGGUUCUCUGUCAGGCAUUGUCCAUCAUGAGAGUUACCAAUUGGCUUUGUCUUCACAAACUAUAUAUACAAGCAACCUGAGCAACAUUCAAGGAUAUUCUGGGUCAGGAGAUGGCAUGCCAGAGUAUGAAAAUCUGAUUUUUCACCGAGUAAUUGAGAGUGAUUUCCCCCCAAACCCCGGCAUAACUGGUACCCCUUGUGAACUGCUGGAGUUGGAGUCUCUGGAACAAUUUCCAGAGGGUUCCAACCUUAUUGUGGAUUCUAUUGAUAAUUUCGGUGAUAUUACAACUAAAAGUCUUCAUAAAAGAUUUGAAGACCUGUUAUCAUUGAAUUGUCAUAAUAGUAAUAUAAUCGAAAUUUCAUUGGAAAAGAAGUUUCAUUUAUGGCUCAAGAAACUUGGUGAAGGUGGAAGUGAGUUAACAGUGUUAGAUGUAAAAGUAAUACAUCUUAUAGCUGCACUUGGUUAUACUCUAACCUUACAACAAAUAUUUGGUGCAAUAAAAAUUGAUAUAAAUUUAAGUGAUAAAGAUGGAUAUACAGCUCUUCAUUGGGCAGCAAAAUAUGGGAGGAUGCGUACAGUUGAGUUUCUCAUCUGUCAAGGUGCAAAUCCCGUAUUACCAUCUUUUCCCAAAGGCAGCACACCUGGAUUGGAUUCUGUCACUGGCACACUAGUUGACUUGGAUUUUGGCAUUGACACGCCAGCUAGCUUGGCUUAUAACGCUGGACACGACGCAGUUGGCAGGUAUCUUGAAAAAAAAGCAAAGGCCGUGCAGGCCGCCCUGACAUUUGAUGAUGAUGAUGAUGAUGAUGAUGAGUUCCUGUAAUGAAGUCAAGGUUUGGCUUAUGUAAGGUUAAUGAAUAACUAAUAAAAUUUAAGGGGUCAACUAAAAUUUUAAGGGUUUUAUUGAGAGUGUUAUUUAUUUAAGGCGGUUGCAAAAUAAUAAUUAUUGACAAGUUGAAUUCAGCACAAAAACAAUUCUGAACAUUACCAUCAAAGAAUAUCAGUAGAAUUUCUUGCUUUUUUUUUU